GAAACUGCUGCUUUCUCCACUGCUUAGGAUCACCCUAAAUUAGGAGGGUCACCCCACACCUAGCUCGAGAGCAUUCGCCUGAGGUGCCUUUGAAUUCCUGGGAACCCCUCAGAGUUGCUCUGCUGCGCGCAUUGCCCCUCGCACGCACUUCUUCCCCGACUUCGGUGGUCUAUAAUAUUAUAAUAUUCACACGUCGUUUAACACGGAUCCGUUCCUCCUACGUUGCGUUCAGGCACCAGGGCGCCCGUGGCGGUAUGAAUGGAGCGGUCCUGACGCGGUCCCACUAUAGAAGACUUCCCAGUCGGAAGGUGCCAUUGUUAAUGAUCCAACCCUAUUGCGAACCCCCCACCCGCACCCCGCAAGCCGAAAACGAGCUCCUCGAGGAGAAAAGUCCCCCCCGCGCUCAGUGUUGCGCUAGGCUUCUGCUUGCAGGAAAGUUGUCCCGCAGAGGUUGGGAAGCACGGGACGAGGGGCUUCCCCCCUCACGCACAGGGUGAAGUGGUACAGUCCAUUCCUCCUGGGCUGUGUUGCCGCACGCGGAGAUCACAGGCCUGCCCUGCUUCCGAGAAAGCAUUUCCCUUCUGUGUGAGAGAAAGCAGCUCAAGAGGAAGCUGCUGCUUUUGCUAUCCCUUGAGAAACGAAAUGGCCGCAGACCUCUUCACAAACAAAAUGGCGGCCUCUCCAGGAGAAAUGGUAGAGCCAGGCCUCCCAGUGCAGAGUCGUGUGAAACUGGAGGCUCAGCACCAAGGGGACAGCAGCACAAGGGGAGAAGAUGGAAAAUGUCCCAACAUAAUCCAGUCUGGGAUGACGGAGGCCUUAGCCAAGGGGGGAUCGGUGCCGAAAGUGAAGCAGGAACUCUUAGAAGAACCACCACCACCACCACAGAUCUGGGAUUGCCAGUGGCCGAGGGUGUUAGAGGUGGUACCAACUCCUAUGAACACACCAGUUUGGGACAGUCUGCAGUUGCCUCCUCUGACUCAAGGGGCCAACACUGAGACCUAUUUGGCCACCUUUGAGCAGAUGGCCAAUGCUUCUCAGUGGCCUCGACAAGAAUGGGUGACACGGCUUAUGCCUGUUCUCAGCGGACAAGCUCAGCAGGCCUGUUUCAGCCUGGAUGCAAAAGACAAGGGUGACUAUGGAAAGGUGAAAGUGGCCAUCGUGAGGCUAGACAGCUACAUUGCUACUGAGACACAUCGCCAAGGUUUUCGGCAUUUCUGUUACCAGGAUGCUGAGGGGCCACGAGGGACCCACCAGCAGCUGCAGGAGCUUUGUCGUCGGUGGUUGAGGCCUGAGAGCCAGACCAAGGAGCAGAUCCUGGACCUGCUCAUCUUAGAGCAGUUCCUUUUCAUCUUGCCCCAGGAAAUGCAAGACUGGAUUAGGGAACGUGGACCUGAGACCUGCGAUCGGGCUGUAGCCCUGGCAGAGGAAUUCCUGGAGCAGCAGGAGGCUGAGAAGUGGGCACAACAGAUAACCUUGCCAAUUGAAAUGGUGAUUGUAAACUCCCCUGUUGUAGAUCAGACUGUGUCUGAAGGAAUACAGAGACAUCAACACAAGGAGGUUAAACAGGCUCACCAAGAGGAUAACAGCUUGCAAGAAAGCAACUUUUCAAGUAGAAAUGGGGCCAAGGAUGUUCAUGAAGGAGAGGCUGAGGAGCAAAGAAGAUUAUCUGAAGGAGGAGGACUGGGAGAGGCUCUUUUACCUAGGGGUGACCUUAAGAGAUCCCAGACAAGCGAGUGCAGGGUGGGAAGGCCACAGAAAGGCUGCCUGUCCAUGAGGAUGAUCCAAGACCGAGGGCUCAGCAACAUCCUGACCGACCUGGAAGCAAAGCGGCACCUGUGUAAGGAAUGCGGCCGACGGUUCCGCAAGAAGUGGGACCUGAUCAGGCACGAAAGAAUCCACACGGGCGAGAAGCCCUACCAGUGCCCAGAAUGUGGGAAUAGCUUCAACCGCAACACAACCCUCACCAAACAUCUCCUCAUUCACUCUGGGGAGAAACCUCACCAAUGUGCCUACUGCGGGAAGAAAUUCACAAGGCGGUCACAUGUCAUUAACCACCAGAGACGACAUUCAUGCCAAGGAAGGUCUUGACAAAGAAUUCAUGGCUUUUAAUCCACGUGAUGGAAAGGAAACGUGAAGGCAUGUCACUUUUAUACCCCAAGGAAAAGAGGAUAGCUGCGUGUUCCUGGCGCCAGGCUCAGAAUGCAAGCUAGUAAAUUCCUGCAGCACGUCGGUCGUUCUGAGAGCGCCCGCUGCUUGCGUGCCUGAAGCUGGUGAUCCAAAACACACCUGAAGACAACCAGCUUUCAAAGCUGUUGGCAAAAAGCUCUGGCUGCUUUCUGCCAGAAUGAAGAAGCACUUGAAAGAGAGGAGCAUUCAGUGAUACCCAAUCCAGAAUGGUGGCACCGAGGUCCUUUUCCAAAUUAUUUAUUUUAUUUAUUUUUAGGACAACUUGUUGGAGCAGGAGUUAGCUUUUCAUCAUGGAACUUGUAGAUUUGGAAUAUGCUUCUGAAGAAUAGCUAAUUUUAAGCAAACUACUCGCUUUUUAUUUUUAAACCAAGCCACCCUCAUCAGGUCUUUCACCUACCCCCAAGUUUGACUUUAAUGCCUUAUACAUUAAGUAGACUGUAUGAGGCAUUCAAGUCUGCUCUAGCAAUAGGCAGUACUAUUACUACUAUUCUGUACUAAUAUUCCCUCCCUGCCACACUGCCUUUGGGUUUGCUUUGUAGACAUGGCUCUACAGUUGAACACCCAACAGACAGAUCUCAGUGAGAAAUACAAGUACAGCCUAUUCCAUGUUAAAGCAAACUCCAGGCCUUCAACUAGAGAGAAGAUAAGACAGCCAAAAGGUUUCACAACAUAUUUGGGGAUGACAUUAUGGUCAGCUGCUGAUCUCCGAAUCUCAGGUGGCUCUUUAAAGUAUAAAAACUGGCAUCUCUCAGAUGGCAAGAGGGCUGGGUGAGAAAACAGGAAACACACCAGCUGUACCUAUUCUAUGUUGUUGUUGCUGAUGGAACCUGAAGGAAAUUCCUUCUCUGUGCUUGUGCAGGGCUUGAUCAUGGCUCUUCUGAGGUGGAAUUGAUCUGGCUGCUACUGUCUGAAUUACCCUUUUAAAAACAAAUCAAUGCAGUGUCUACUUGUGUAAUAAUUUAUUUUCCUCUUUCGUAAAUGUUGCCUAUAUGCACUUACAAGCUUUGACUGCAAAAUGCAUAAGUUAUCAAACAUACACAAUAUACCUGUUUUAAUAAAACCUGUCAACAGCUG